AUGCUAUUCUCUAGAGGUCCACGAGGUCUUGCAAUAAUUUUUGUCAUAUUGAGUUUUCUGACGAUUUAUUAUGGCUACUUGAGGCUUGAUGUACAUCCGAAGCUACACGAUGGCGAGCUCGCCGUACCACCUCAUGCGGAAGUUGUAGUAGAACCUGGAUGGCUAGCAGACGGGAAGCUUACAAAGUCUGCGGAGAAGGCGGUGUAUCCAUCAAUAUCAUCCCGCCCUCAGCCCAGCGCUACGCCCAACAUCGCCUCUACAGUGCCAAGUUUGGAGCCAUCAUUGUCAUCAUCUGACAUUUUGUUAAUCAUCAAGACGGGUGCAAGCACAGCAUGGCGUCGAAUGCCUGUGCAGCUGUUAACGACAUUAUCAAGUUUGCCAAACAUUGUAGUAUAUUCGGAUCUCCAAGAGAACCUUUCUCUUGAGAUCCAGACAGUGGACGUUCUGAAAAACGUGAGCGAUACUCUGCAGAUACAUGACACAUUUGCGUACGACAUAUACCAAGAUCUGCAUACCAACAUUCAUGCGUACAGAGAGCAAGCUCAACUCCCGGGUGACGAAUCUGAACUCCCGCUCGGGAAUAAUCCAGGCUGGAAACUAGACAGAUACAAGUUUCUUCCCAUGCUAGAGCAUGCUCAAAAGAAUUUUCCGGGUUUCAAAUGGACUGUGUAUAUUGAAGACGAUACUUUCGUCUUUUGGUCGAAUCUUCUCCCAUGGCUGGCAACACUCUCAGCUGACGAUGAACCGGCAUAUUAUGGCUCUUCCGCGGGAGAAAGCAAUGCGACGUUUGCGCAAGGAGGCUCAGGUAUCGUGUUCUCCAGGUCCUUGAUGAAGUCUGUUUUCUCUGGACCUAAAAUCCCCACUCUACAAGAGUAUGCCAAAUUCACCGCAAGCGAGUGUUGCGGUGACAUGGUUCUUGGUAAAGUCUUGCGUGAUCACAAUGUGCUUGUAAACAGAGGGGAGUAUGGCACAGGGUCAUUCAGACCUGAACCACCCUGGAAAACAGAAUUCAACGAGUUCUCAUGGUGCAAACCAAUCUUCACGUUUCAUCAUUUGCACCAGAGGGAUCUGAUGCAACUGGCAUUAUUGGAACGUCAACAUAGUCAAAAUAACCUUGUUUCGCGACCAAUUAUAUUUCGCGAUAUUUUCCUUCAAACAAUAUCACCUUACCUCAAAGACCGCCGUGAUGAUUGGGACAAUUCUGCAUCUCGUCACAAACUUACAGAGAAUAUCACCACGAUCACCAAUUCACCUUGGGAUCCACCUGCUCCCAUCGUGGAAGAUAAAGGUGCUCUUGAGCAGGCUUAUACUUCACCUGAAGCGUGUCUCGCGGCGUGCGUCGCAUUACCCACUUGCCGUAUUUGGAGGCACGAAAUCAAUAACGGAAAUGAGAAGAGCUGUACUUUGGAUGUAGCGGUAAUUUUAGGAAGAGAAAUUGAGGGACGGGCUUUGUGGGAUGAAAGAGUGAUUAAUAGUGGAUGGAUGAUCCAGCGAAUCAAUGAAACGUUAAUGGAGGAUAAGUGUGAGGUUGUUGCGCCACCUUAA